GUGCAUAAAUGAAUGGAAACAGAACUCACGGGUUAUCGGAGAGACCUAUGACGUAAAUGAAGCUUAUUGAAUAUCUGAGUUUUCUUUCACCAAUCCAAAGUUCUCCUCAGCUUUUGGUAAUAGUUUCUCAGGAAAAGAAAUGUACUGCAAUACUGAUGGGGCAUACAGGAAGUGUGAAAUCUCUCUGCCCUCAUCCAACUAAUCCUGUCUGUUAUUUAUAGUUUUCAGGAAGCUGAGAAGCAUCUGUCAGAUAUGGUUGUGUCCAAGGCACUGGUGGCCAAGAUUGAUCGGCCAAUAGGAAUAGUCUGUUUUCAAACUGCAAAGGAUAGCAACAAUGUUCUUAAUUCGUGGGCUACCAACUUGGAGAAAUUGCUUGAUCUUGUUGAGAAGAGCUGCCACCAAAUACACAAAGAAAUUGCUUGGUCUGUUGUUUGCACAGGGUGUUUUUCAAAUUGAUUUAGGGUCGUGGUUCAAAUUGAUUUAGGGUGUUUUCCAAAUUGAUAUAGGUUUGAUUAAAAUAAAAUGGCAGCCCUAGUAAUUUAUCAUAUUGAUUCAAAUUGAUUUUGGUUUGAUUAAAAUAAAAUGGCAGCCCUAGAAAUUUAUCAAAUUGAUUGAGGUUUGAUUAAAAUAAAAUGGCAGUCCUAGAAAUUUAUCAAAUUGAUUCAAAUUGAUUGAGGUUUGAUUAAAAUAAAAUGGCAGCCCUGGAAAUUUAUCAAAUUGAUUCAAAUUGAUUUAGGUUUGAUUUGCAGCAGUUCAUGCAGAUUAGCAGGAAAUUUCUGGAGCAGGUUGCAGCUUCCAGCAUCAGUUCUGCCACUCUUUGAGUUGCAAAAUUGCAAAAUAGCCACACUGGACUGAAGGAAGACGGGAAGAACUGUCGGUAAACGUGUGCAAAUUCCAACUUCAAAGGGGGGCCUGAAGGAGUCAAAUCAACUCUCUCGCUCUCACACUGGGACUGGUCUACUCUACUUCCCUCCCCUGCUGCUACUUGGAUCCUACUCUGCAUUUGGUUAACUGGUCAAGUAGGUUUUAGCCGAACUCGGCAGUUGUACAUGGUUCUAGGAUGGAGAAAAGCAAUGGCAAUAAAGCAACCCAGAUUUUUUGGAGCAUAGUUAGUUUCUUGAGGAGAUGUCUUUUUCUUGUAAUUUCUGUUCGUCCUAUACCUCAUCACAUUGCAUUCAUCAUGGAUGGAAAUCAAAGAUAUGCUAAAAAGCGGAAGUUGAAGGAAGGGGAUGGACAUAGGGUUGGGUUUUUGGCUCUGAUGUCCAUGCUCAAGUUUUGUUAUGAGUUGGGGGUUAGAUAUGUGACUAUAUAUGCCUUUAGUAUUGAUAAUUUCAAAAGGGACCCUGAAGAAGUUCAAUCCUUGAUGGACCUGAUACAGGAGAAAAUUGAAGGGUUAAUCAAGGAAGAAAGCAUAGUUAACCGCUAUGGAAUUAAGGUACACUUUAUAGGGAACCUAAAACUCUUGAGUGAACCUGUUAGGUUGGCAGCUGAGAGGGCUAUGGAGGCCACUGCCAACAACUCCAGAGGAGUUCUGUCAAUAUGUAUUGCCUACACUUCCACUGAUGAGAUUGUGCAUGCUGUUCAAGAAUCGUGCGAAGAAAAAUCAGAUGAAAUCAGUGUGAUGAAUGCAAGUGGAGCUUGGUAUGGUCUACUUCAACUUGGAGGGAGUGAAAAGGAAGAAAGGGAGAACAUUGUAAAAUUGACAGAUAUUGAAAACCAUAUGUACAUGGCUGUUGCACCCGACCCUGAUAUUCUAAUCCGUACUUCUGGCGAAACCCGGUUGAGCAAUUUUCUUUUGUGGCAGAGUGCACACUGUUAUUUGUACUCUCCAUCUGUGCUCUGGCCAGAGAUUGGUUUCCGGCAUUUCGCUUGGGCGAUCUUGACCUUUCAGCGUAGCUACUUUUAUCUGGACAGAAAAAGGAAACAGUCAUAAUUUUGUUUAUUGAUGUAUUUUCACGUUUGGUCUACUUGUUUCUGAAUUUCUAACCUCUCUAACAAAUACAGAUUAGAUGCAGGCUUGAAGCAUUUUUCAGUGCCCCGGCCUGUAGUUCUUCCAUUGUAAACAUUAGUCUGCUGUAUUGUAAGAAUAAUUUGCUUCCCUGUGUAGUUGCUUUGCUGAGUACUUGCAUUAUGAUCAUCUGGUCAUGGUUUAGUGA